CGUGCGUAAAUCGUCACUCCCUGGAACGUCAGGCGUUACUAGCGGCUUGGGUGACGUAGUUGCCCCUGGUAACCUGGAGAGUCUUGGCGAGGAUGGGUUUGCUGUCUAUUUUGCGUAAGUUGAAAAGCGCUCCCGACCAGGAGGUGCGGAUCCUUCUCCUGGGUCUUGACAAUGCUGGGAAGACGACGUUGCUGAAACAGCUCGCUUCAGAAGAUAUCAGCCACAUCACCCCGACGCAGGGAUUUAACAUAAAGAGCGUACAGUCUCAAGGAUUCAAACUCAACGUCUGGGACAUUGGAGGACAGAGGAAAAUCCGGCCGUACUGGAGGAACUACUUCGAAAAUACAGAUGUACUCAUAUACGUGAUCGACAGUGCUGACAGAAAGAGAUUUGAGGAAACGGGGCAGGAAUUGGCAGAACUUUUGGACGAGGAGAAGCUUAGUGGCGUCCCGGUGCUGAUAUUCGCUAAUAAGCAGGAUUUAUUGACUGCUGCUCCAGCUUCCGAAAUCGCUGAAGGCCUAAAUCUGCACACAAUCCGGGACCGAGUCUGGCAGAUUCAGUCGUGUUCAGCCCUCUCCGGAGAGGGAGUCCAAGACGGUAUGAACUGGGUCUGCAAGAACGUCAAUGCAAAGAAGAAAUGAUUCUGCGCGUAGGACGAGGCAAGGAGCUGAGCGACUGAUAGUAUGAUGGCGUAACAGAAGGAUGCUGCUUUAUGACCAAAAUUGUUUUCACCUGUAUUUUUAAGGGACUCAAAGGUCAACGCAAUUUUUUUUUUCUUUU